CAGACACACCCCAGGACUGCGCCGACCUGUACCGAGACGGGAUCAUAGAAAGCGGAGUCAACGCUGUCAGCAACCCUCGCGUCUUUGUCUACUGCGACAUGAGGAACUCGGGAGGCGGGUGGACCAUGAUCCAGCGCCGACAAGACGGGUCCGUGGACUUCGCCAAGAACUGGGCAGACUACGAACAAGGCUUUGGAAACAUCGAUGGGGAGCACUGGCUGGGACUGAGCAAACAGAACCAAAUUACGGGACAGAAGACGUACAGCUUGCGUGUAGAUUUAGCAGAUUGGGAAGAUCAAAGUAGGCACGCGACUUACAGCAGUUUUAGUGUCGGUGGCAGCAGUACGGACUAUCAGGUCAGCAUCAGCGGCUACUCGGGUGAUGCCGGUGACAGUCUCACCAAUGGGAGCAGCCGUUUUAAUAUAAACGGUAUAAGUUUUACAACUUCAGAUAAUGACAAUGACCCAAAUACUGGCGCAAAUUGUGCGAGUAGGUUUGGAGGAGGUGGAUGGUGGUUUCCGGACAGCUGUGGCUACGCACUUCUGAACGGACGGUAUAACGGCUCGGGUAGUGCACAGGGUGUGAAUUGGCGCGAGUGGAGAGGUUACACGUACUCCCUGAAGAUGACAUCUCUAAAACUAAGACCGGAUGACUUUGCAGUUUGCGCAGAGGGAACGUUUGGUCCGAAUUGCUCUGAAACAUGUCGCUGUCUGAGAGGAAACGCCUACUGCAAUCACGUGACUGGGGCGUGCUUUGGCGGAUGUACUGAUGGAUGGGCGGGCAGCGACUGUCAAACAGUCCCUCCACAGUUUCUUCAGCCGACACCAGCAAAUGAAACGAGAAAAUUAGGGCGAGCCGUCACCUGGACAUGCAAGGCCACCGGAGAUCCCCUUCCUAUCAUUACCUGGUGGCACGGCAGGGACAAGCUUACGGUGGCAAAUACAUCACAGACAGAGUCAGGAGUUCAGUACACUGAGAGCGUCUUCACCAUCAACGCCGUGAGCUUCGACGACAAUGGGACUUACAGCUGCGUGGCUGCUAAUAUCGGGGGAUUGGAGAUAGUAACGUUCUCGUUGACUGUCCAAGGUCGCCUGGCGAUGGACGACCAGGUCUCCGCCGCUUGCGGUUUCACGACCACGUUUCUCGCCGCCGGGCGGGUUUUGUGCCCGAGGAGCACGCAGUGUUGCAGCCUAGACUCCGGAUUACCAGUGGGAGGAAGACAACUUCGGAGGUUUGGCUGUGCAGCAAGUAACGGCGGGGCGAGGGAUCCAGAAGCUCCGGCGGACCUUGGGCAGACCCUCUCCACGCAUCGAAAGGACGGAAGAGUCCUAGUGUUCUACCUAGUGGGGUCAAAUUUCAGGACGGUGGAUAUACGGCAGUUGACUGGGUAUUUUGUCGAUAAGCACACAGGGAGGCAGCAUAGACUCCAGUUUGACGGAGGAAGACAAUUUCUGAGGUUCAGCUGUGCAGCAAGUAACGGCGGGGCGAUGGAACCAGAAGCUCCGGCAGACCUUGGGCAGACCAUCUCCACGUAG